AUGGGCUCUCGUGACGACGAAUACGACUACUUGUUCAAAGUUGUUCUGAUCGGAGAUUCAGGGGUUGGAAAAUCUAAUCUUCUCUCGCGCUUCACCAGAAAUGAGUUUAAUUUGGAAUCCAAGUCAACGAUCGGAGUCGAAUUCGCCACGAGAAGCAUCUCGGUGGAGGGCAAGACAGUUAAGGCUCAAAUUUGGGAUACUGCAGGACAGGAGCGUUACCGUGCCAUUACGUCCGCCUACUAUCGGGGCGCUGUCGGAGCUCUCCUCGUGUAUGAUAUUGCUAAGCAUGUCACAUACGAGAACGUAGAACGGUGGCUGAAGGAACUUCGUGAUCACGCUGAUCAGAAUAUUGUUAUUAUGCUGGUUGGAAACAAAAGUGAUUUGCGCCACUUGCGAGCUGUUCCUACGGAUGAAGCAAAGAUAUAUGCUGAGCGAAACCAACUAUCAUUUAUUGAAACCUCUGCCCUCGAUAGCACCAACGUCGAAGCAGCUUUCACAAACAUUCUGACUGAGAUCUAUAAAUCAGUAUCGAAUAAGCAUGUAGGAUCCGACCGACAGGGAUACGGUGGCGGCGGUGGUACGAUUAUUCCCGCUCCACCUACCGAACCUCCAAAGAAACAGUGUUGCAACUCCUAA